UCAUUUUCACUUUCUGCCAUCACAAAAAUGAGAUGUAGCCUCGUCUGAAUCGGAUCCAGCCUUCACUCUACAUUCUACUGUAACAAAUUCGCGCCUCUUGCUUCAUCCUCGAAAUUACUCAAAUUUUUACACUCAUCAUCAUUUUUACAGUUACAACAUCAACAACAACAACCACCCUAAUUUUGGAGGCUACCUCCCAACAAUAACUGAAUCAGAUCAAAAAAACAAACCCCCUUCAAUUAAUCCCAACCUACCAUGACCAACACCCAUCUCAGAAAACCCUUUAAACAACUCCACAUCCCAAUCUUCACAUCCACCCUCUUCCUCCUCUCCAUGGCAACCCUCUCCUUCCUCUUCCUCUUCCUCUGUCUCUCCAUCUCCCACUCUCACUCCUCCCUCAAUCUCCACAUCCAACAAGCCUGCAAAUCAACCCGCUUCCCUCACCAAUGCCAAAUCUCCCUCUCCUCACAUUCCCACAACCUUCCCUCAAACCCUAACCCCCUCCACAUCAUCCAUUCCGCAAUCUCACUCUCUUCCUUAAACCUUAAUAUCGCUCAAUCAUUGCUGAAUUCCAUCCUAGACGCUUCCGCAGGCAACCAAACCCGCGUCAAUGUCGCCAAAAGCUGCCUCCAGGCUUUUCAAUACUCUCACCAUAGAACCUCUCUUACCAUUGACGCGCUCUCACGUGGCAGAAUCAAAGACGCACGUGCCUUCAUGACUGCCGCAUUGUCUUAUCAGUAUAACUGCUGGUCCGGUCUUAAAUACGCUAACGACACUUCGUUGGUUUUUAAAACGAUGUCGUUUCUUGAAUCUCUUACCGGCCUCUCCAGCAAUGCUCUUAGCAUGAUUCUCUCUUAUGAUCUCUUUGGUAAUGAUACUGAUUCAUGGAGGCCGCCUCGCACUGAGCGCGACGGUUUUUGGGAGGAUUCGGGGUCGGGUGUGUUCGGGCCGGGACCCUCGGUGCCUGGGAAUCUUACGCCGGAUGUUAAGGUGUGUAAGGACGUGGGCAAUGGGUGUUACGGAACGAUUCAGGAAGCGGUUGAUGCCGCGCCUGAUAAUGUGGAUGUUGGUGGAGGGAGGAGAUUUGUGAUACAUAUAAAGAAAGGGGUUUAUGAAGAGACGGUUAGGAUUCCGUUGAGGAAGAGGAAUGUUGUGUUUUUGGGGGAUGGCAUUGGUAAGACUGUCAUCACUGGCUCUGCAAGUGUCGGACUACAAAAGGGGAUGACAACGUAUGACUCCGCCACCGUAGGGGUUGUUGGCGAUGGAUUCAUGGCGAAGGAUCUCACAUUCGAAAACACAGCAGGUGCUAAUGCACACCAAGCAGUAGCAUUCAGAUCAGACAGUGAUCUUUCUGUUAUUGAGAAUUGUGAAUUCAUAGGCAAUCAAGAUACUCUCUAUGCUCAUUCCCUGCGUCAGUUUUAUAAAUCUUGUCGUAUCAUAGGUAAUGUGGACUUCAUAUUUGGAAACUCAGCUUCAUUCUUCCAAGACUGUGAAAUCCUAGUCCAGCCUAGGCAAGCAAGGCCAAAGAAAGGGGAGAACAAUGCCAUUACUGCACAUGGCAGAACAGACCCUGCUCAGUCGACAGGUUUUGUUUUUCACAAUUGCAUGAUUAAUGGUACCGAAAAAUAUAUGGAGUUGUAUUACGACAAGCCUAAAGUACACAAGAACUAUCUCGGAAGGCCAUGGAAGGAGUAUUCUAGAACAGUUUUUAUUAAUUCGUUCAUGGAAGCCUUAAUCACACCACAGGGUUGGAUGCCAUGGACUGGAGAUUUUGGACUGAAUACCCUCUACUAUGGGGAAAUCAACAACUCUGGACCUGGUUCUAAUUUGACUAAGAGAGUGUCCUGGAGUAGCCAGGUUCCUGCUGAACAUGUGUACACGUAUUCAGUGCAGGGUUUUAUUCAAGGAGAUGAUUGGGAUAGCCGGAUCAGUUAUUAGCUAAUCAUGGGAUGGGAGUAAGUUAUGGUAGAGCUAUGAUUAUUUAUGAAUAGGAGGUAUCGUUAAAUGGGGAAUUUGUCAUACUCUUUUCUACAUCUACUUGGCAAACUGCUGAUACAAGGAGGAUUUCAAUAAAGCCAUGGAGAGGAUGGAGUUCCAAAUCUUGCAUCAGUUUUGCUGGUAGAUACACUUUUGGGUUGAUCCUACUCAUUUUUAUUAGGUACACCCUCUGUCCCCGCAUAUUCUCUUCGUAUGAUGUGAUGGCUGUGGUAUAGAAUGAUAAUCUGAUCAUGUAAAAUUAGUAAAUUUAAUUCCAAAGCUUUCCAUCCAAUGUAACUAUACAAAGAGGAUAUGGAAGUAAAAUCCAUUAUGGCAACUUUUAUAGUCUCUGUUUCUUUUCAAAUUCUAGAGCUGUAGCAAGGACAAUGCCAAUGUUUUAACCAUGGCUCUAGUAUCCGGUGGGAAAA